AUGUCCUUCAACAAGUCAUUCAAUAAGCUAGGAUCGGCCAAGGCGACAGCCUCCGUCUCUACUGCGAAAGGAGAUUCUGUAUCUGCCAACCCUACAAGAUCGGAAUCCGAAAGCGAUAGAGGACACAAGCAGCUGAUCAACAUCUUGGGUCAAUUUGAACCUCACCACGACAACAAGCAAUGGACCAGUAUAGAAGCUUCGACUGUCUCAGACCAAGAUCUCUUUGCAAAUGAUGAUGACAGUGAUGAUGAUGGCGAUGAAGAUGAUGAAGAGGAGGAGGGAGAUGUCAUAGAAAAUGAGAAACUACCUUUUAAAGAAGGACCCUCAAUCGCAGAAAAGGAUGAGCAAAGAAUAGAUAAGAAGCCCGAAUCAUCAAAGCUAGCUGCUGAAGUAGAACCACAGGUCAAUGUUUCUAAUGAGAAUGAAGAUUCUUCCGAGCCAGAUCAUUCUGCUAUCCCUUCUACGGCUAAGGAGGGCAUUGAAAACAUCACUAAAGGAGUAGAUAGUAUUCAAGUAAAGUCUGAAAACAAAAGCAAAAGUGAGAGACUAACUAAGCAAAAUUCAGCAAAAAAAACCUUGACAAAAUUUGACUUUCAAAGGUUUCUGAAACAGUUAAGAAGUAAAGAUUGUGAGCCUGUCUUGAAGUAUAUUAAAUCGUUCUUAACUCAAUUUCAAGCUAGAACAUGGUCUGUAGAUGAGCAGAUUAAAUUGGUCAAAGAAUUUCAACAGUUCAUUUUUGGAAAACUUAUUGAAUGCAAACCUUUUGACAACUUAUCAACUGAUGAGGAUGUGAACAACACUAUGGAAGGUCUUGAGAAAUUUAUUAUGAGUAGAAUAUACAAUGAUACUUUUCCUCCUCUGAUGGUGGAAAGAAAGUUAUCACCAUCUCAUAGAGAAGAUUUAUCGAGGGACAAAAUCUAUCAUAUUAAUUUAAAGAAGUACAGGUGGAUCCAGCCAAAACAUCUUGACAUCCACUUGAAGAUUGAUUCAGAAACCUCUUUCGUUAAACUUGCAGGAACCGAACUUUCCAAAGUUAAUGACUAUAAAUCCCCAAGAGAUAAAAUUAUAUGCAUUUUGAACUGUUGUAAAGUGAUCUUUGCUUUGAUUAGGCAACAACAGAAAAUCCACAAAGUGGAGGAGAAUGCUGAUAUUUUUGUCCCUUUGCUAGUUUUUGUCAUACUCAAAUGUAAGACUAGAAACCUCAUCAGCAACCUUUCUUUUAUCGAAAGAUUUAGAAACGAUAGGUUUCUUGUUGGAGAAUCUAGCUACUACGUCAGCUCCUUACAAAUUGCAGCUAACUUCAUAACAACUAUUGAGCAAUCUCUGCUGACUAUUUCUGCAGAGGAUUUUGCGGCUGAAAUCGAAAAUAAUGAGCGUAAACUUAAGGAAGAGUCUAUCAAGAGAAAACGAGAACAGAAGAUCUUGGAAGAAAAAAAGGCACAAGAAGAUGCUCAGAAACAAGGUUUGUUUUCACCAUUGACGGAGAUGAUUGCUGGAACGGGAAAAGGUGAGGACUUUGCUCCUUCUCAAGUACUGAAAAGUUCCGCGGGUAUCUUUCAGCAAUCUCUAAGUACUCUUUUCUCUUCACCCUCACGUGAAUCUUCGCCUGUUAGCUCUUCUGUGGACGAAUUGAAAACUGCAAAGAAGCAAUCGUUGGAAGAAAGCAAGAAAGAGGCAAGAAUAAAAAGUGAGAGAGAAACAACUUUAAAAAACCUUAAGCAAAUGUUCCCAGACAUGGACUCUGAGAUUUUAUUAGAUAUUGCCAUUGCUAAGAAUUCGAACAUUGGAGAUUGCAUAGAUGCCUGCUUGGAGUUGACUGAAUGA